CGGUAGUGUCCUUAAUAAACAGAGAAAUUUGCCGCAUCCCGCGACAUGAUGGAGCUAUCUUAGGCAGGGACAUCUACGAUGAAUCGACGGUGACCAAUAGAUUAAACUGACACUUUUAUUUUUAUUAUUUACCUGAUACUCUAAAAUGAUGCUGCAUGUUUACUCUUGAUCGAUCGUCACUGUGUUUCACGUCAAUAUAACCGAUAUUCAGGUAACGAUCGCUGCUAUUCUAAUUUUUGGUAUUGUAAAUGUUUGCAUCAGUAAUAAAGUUUUACGUUGAUUUUUAAAUAUUUUUUAUAUAUUUCCGACAAGUUGACCCUAUUCCACUGCAAUUAUAAUUUACUGGUCUGCGAUACGCUCGCGACCGCUAUGAUAAGAAUUUGUGCUAGAGUCUGCAAGGCUUGAUUGUUCAAACUAAAAAUGGAGGAAGAUGAAGAAAGUGUAAAUCUGACACAGCGCCACAGCUGCGGCUUCAGCCAUACAUGUAGCUAUUCCCAGCCAAGCGUUUAUUGCUCAGCGCAUUCAAACCUCGACCGCAUUUCCCAGUUAACUUUAUAUCAAAACGUUUCUGGGACAUUGUUUGGAAGUGCUAUAAGUAUGAACAGCGUAGAGAGUGCCAUGUCAACUAGGAGCGUGCAUUCCUGUAGUAGUGGAGAUUCAUUAACUGCAAGAUCUAUAGAGCCUAGGAUAAGCAGUGAUAAAUAUGAUCAAAUUAAAGAUGAUGAAGCAAGAAGAGGAUGUAGAUCGAAUUCACACUAUGUCGAAACACGAAGUUUGUGUUUUCGUGAUGGGCAAUGUACAAUUGACUUUGUACUUGUCUGGGAUGAACAUAAUGAAGAAGCAAUCACUUACAAAAGUGUGGAAAUGCGUAGGAUAUUUGAGGAAAACCUGGAACACGAGGGUCUAAAACUUGAAUAUGAAAAACCCGAGCCUAACGGGUUAAACUUCAUUAAGAUUCACGCUCCUAUAGAAGUUUUGCGCCGUUAUGCAGAGAUAUUGAAAUUGAGAAUGCCAAUGAAGAAUGUGGCCGGAUUUCGUCCAUCUGAAACCUCUACUAAUAUCAUAGUUAAGGAAGUGAAUUCAUUCUUUAGACGUCUUUUAAGCAAGUUUGACGUGAACCAAACGAUAUUUCCAACAAUGAAGCAUCAGUUCACAGCGGUUUAUAGUAGAGACAAAGAGUACUUAUUUGAUUCGGACAUCCCUGAGUUUUUUAGCCCAGGAACACGUUCGCGAAUUGUUCAUUUUAUAUUAGAUAGGACAACAUAUACAGAGGAUAAGGAAAAUGAUUUUGCAUUCGGGAUCGACAGAUUAAUUGCGGAAAACGCAUACGUGGCUGCCUAUCCUUUACAUGAUGGUGAUCCUUACAAGUUGGAAUGUAUGCGAAGUCUUUUAUACACAGAAUGGGCGAGUGUCAAGAAAUGUUUGCACCGGCAGCCACUAGAUUACGUGAAAGACUACUUUGGCAUUAAAAUCGGCCUGUAUUUUGCCUGGCUAGGUUUCUAUACGCAAAUGUUAAUCCCAGCCAGCAUAGUUGGCUUACUUUGCUUCCUCUACAGUUGUCUCACAUUAUAUUCCAACAAACCGAGUGAAGAUAUUUGCUCUGGCAAUUUGUCACUGAAAAUGUGUCCAUUAUGCGAUAAACUUUGUGACUACUGGGAUCUCAAAGAUACAUGCUUUCAUGCGCGAGUCACGUACCUGUUUGAUAAUUCAGCUACAGUUUUUUUUGCUGUAUUUAUGUCCUUCUGGGCUACAAUGUUUUUGGAGUUGUGGAAACGAUAUUCUGCCGAAAUAACUCAUCGCUGGGAUCUUACCAGGUUUGAUAUUAAAGAAGAACACCCUCGACCACAAUAUUUGGCUCGACUUGCGCAUGUGAAAAAACAGCGUACACAUGUCAUUACAGAUGCAUCAGAGCCUCAUCUUUCGUUCUGGAAAAUGAAGUUACCGGCAAUCAUCUUUAGUUCCUCCGUUGUGUUACUGUUGAUAGCUGUUGCUGUGGUUACAGUUCUAGCUGUUAUACUCUACAGAAUAUCGGUUUUAGCAGUUCUAAGUUUUUACAAGGAUACUAUAGUGACAAGUUAUGCCAUAUUAUUUACUACUGUGACUGCUGCAUGCCUUAACUUGUGCUGCAUAGUUAUCCUUAACUCAAUAUACAUUCGGUUAGCAGAGUAUCUAACAGAGAUCGAACUCCUUCGUACACAAACAGAAUUCGAUGACAGUUUGACUCUGAAGAUAUACCUGCUACAAUUUGUCAAUUAUUACGCUUCCAUAUUUUACAUUGCCUUUUUUAAAGGUAAGUUUGUUGGAUAUCCAAGUAAAUAUAUCCGGUUCUUUACAUUACGUCAGGAAGAAUGUGGACCUGGUGGAUGUUUAUUAGAAUUAUCCAUACAAUUAAUCAUCAUCAUGAUUGGAAAACAAACACUAAACACUAUCUUAGAAAUGGUUUUUCCAUUAUUUUAUAAGUGGUUAAAUACUGUGAAGGUUCAUGUUGGAAGAGAAAAAGAUAGAAAUAAAGAAAAAUCAAUGUCUCGAAUAAACCUUCAGUGGGUCAAGGAUUAUAAACUAGUCGAAUGGGGUCCCAGGAGCUUAUUCCGCGAAUAUUUAGAAAUGGUGUUACAGUAUGGAUUUGUAACAAUUUUCGUUGCUGCUUUUCCUCUGGCGCCAUUUUUUGCGCUUAUCAACAACAUAUUUGAGAUGAGAUUCGAUGCUAAAAAGCUACUGAUUAUGUUCAGAAGGCCUGUUGGACAGCGAGUUAGAGAUAUUGGUGUUUGGUUUAGAAUACUUGAUGUUAUUUCUAAAUUGUCAGUAAUCACCAAUGGUUUCAUUAUAGCUUUCACUUCUAACUUCAUUCCACGUCUGGUUUAUAUGAAGGCUUAUUCGAAUUCAAGUUCCUUGGAAGGGUUUCUUGAAAAUUCACUGUCCAAAUUCAAUACUAGCCACUUUAAACAGGAUUACAGUCCACAAAUACAAAAUGAUACUGAACCGAUUAAAAUUUGUUGGUACCCCGACUACAGAGAGGCUGAAUCGGGUGAUUACAAACACACCAUUAUGUAUUGGCAUAUCCUUGCUGCAAGACUAGCGUUUGUUGUAGUAUUCGAGAAUAUAGUGGCUUUGGUGAUGAUUCUGGUGCGCUGGUGUAUUCCAAACAUGUCUCAGACGUUACAAGAUCAAAUUCGACGCGAAGCCUACAUUACAAAUGAAAUAAUAAUCAAGCAAGAGACAUUACGUGUAUGUGGACCGUGUCGUACUGUUGAAAAUAUUUCUCAAAGUAAUUCAAAUACUGUGACAAUGCAAAGAUUGGAUCGGGUUAUGCAGAAAUCACUAUCAAAUGCAGAAUUGGAUUUGGAAAUUCACGGUAGCCCAGUUGGUGCACCUGGAGUACAUUACACGGGCACUGAUGGGUCAAUGUAAUAACUGGUUAUAAACAGAAGAUUUCUCCCGUUUUCACUUCUAAACAAAUACUGCUCUGAAAAAUGAAAAAUAUUUAAUUUUUCGAAUAGCCAAAUUAGGAAUAUGCAACAAGAAGUCAUACUGCUGGAAAUCUCAUUAGGAGGUCGGAACAUGUAUUCCUGUUGCAACCUAAUGAAACAUAUCGCUACAAGUUGUUAAUAUUUGAAUAUUUGAGGAUCCCUGAGUAUUUUUAGAUAUUGUCACUGCCGUUGUCUAGAAAUACUUGCAUUUAUAGCCGAUUUAUACGUACUUAGAAACGAUUCAUGUGUUAGGCUCUGAGCAGCAGGCUGGGGCGUAACACUUGUAAAAAACUAUAAUUUACUGCAGUGUUCAUUUUGCACAUACACAAAAAAUGCAGUAGGGAUUACUUGUUUUGAUUUAAAUUUAUAUUCAUACCUGCUACACCCACGACUACUAAAAAUUGUUAUUUACUUAGAACGAAUUUCGUUUUUUCUCAGCAUAAUUGAGUCAACUGCCAUUGUUAUUGCAACAGUCUCACAUAUCUAACAAUAAGACGUUAUGAGUGAACGUUGACUAAUAGAUUUAUGUAUAUACAAUGAAUUGUUACACUAUUUACAAAGGUAAAUUUUAAUUAAAUAUGAUUAAUUAAAAAUGAA